AUGUAUCUCUCGCUCCGUUCAGUAAUCAACAAAGGAGUCGUAUUUUUGUGUUCGGGUCUCCUGGUGCAAAGCCAGUUACUUGACUGGCCUCCAGGCCCUGGACAAAUCUUGGAACCUCAGCAGCCCGAUGCGGAACUGACCGGUAUGCUCAACCAAAUCGAUCCUGCACGCCUCAGGGCAACCGUCGAAAAGCUGGUGUCUUUCGGUACUCGGAACACCUUAUCGAGUCAGACGAAUCCCAAUCGCGGUAUCGGAGCUGCUCGAGACUGGAUUGCCGACCAGAUGCGCACAUUUGCAGCGUCUUCCAAUGGAAGAAUGAAUGUCACCGUACAGACUUUCCAAGCCUCAGCUGGUAGCGGAGUACCCCAGGGAACUGUCCUCAGCAACGUUUUCGCUACGCUGAAAGGUUCCCAAGAUCCCGGACGCGUGUAUGUCGUGUCGGGCCAUUACGACUCACGGAACAGUGACGAUAAUGAUCCAAACGGAGACGCUCCGGGAGCAAAUGAUGACGCCAGUGGUGUAGCAGUAUCUGUGGAGCUAGCAAGAGUUAUGGCCACUCAUCAGCCCAAGGCAACCAUUAUCUUCGCGGCCGUUGCUGGCGAGGAACAGGGUUUGAUUGGGUCCGCGUUCAUGGCCCAGCAGCUGAGAAGCGCGCGUGUUAAUGUCGAGGGGAUGCUAAAUAACGACAUCGUCGGAUCUUCGACAGCAGACGAUGGGGUGACAAAGGAUCCUUUUAAUAUCCGGAUGUUUGUGCAGGGAAUCCCUUCCACAGCCACCUCUUCUCAGAUUACAACUCUCAUACGUGCCGGAGGUGAGAACGACUCGCCCAUACGGCAACUAGGGCGUUUCGUCGCCGAAGUUUCCUCUAACUCAAUCACGAAUAUGACCGUCCAAACGAUGUGGCGUGCCGACCGUUUUAAUAGGGGAGGAGACCACUUGUCCUUUAUAACCAAUGGAUUCUCCGCAGUGCGCUUCACCGAACCAAACGAAAAUUUCGCCCAUCAACACCAAAAUGUUCGGGUGCAAAAUGGCGUUCAAUUCGGAGAUCUUAUAGACUUUUGCGAUUUCGACUUUAUCGCUCGAGUUGCGAAAGUGAAUGGAGCUGCCCUAUGGUCGUUGGCCCAAGCUCCAGGGACCCCCACCGGAGUCACUUCGAACACUGGCACACUGAUCAACAAUUCGACCUUGACUUGGAACAAGGAUCCUCAAGCGGACGCAGGCUAUGAAGUUGUUUGGAGAGCAACUGAUACACCGCAAUGGACGCAUGUAGUUCCAGUUGGCAACGGCUGUCGGAAGUAA